CGGCCCCGGGUCCGUCUUCCGCCGCCGCCGCCGCCGCCAUGGCCCGGCCGCUCGUGCCCAGCUCGCAGAAGGCGCUGCUGCUGGAGCUAAAGGGACUGCAAGAGGAACCGGUGGAGGGCUUCCGCGUGACGCUGGUGGACGAGGGCGACCUGUAUAACUGGGAGGUGGCCAUCUUCGGACCCCCCAACACCUACUACGAGGGAGGCUAUUUCAAGGCUCGCCUCAAGUUCCCCAUCGACUACCCUUACUCUCCACCAGCCUUCCGGUUCCUGACCAAGAUGUGGCACCCGAACAUCUAUGAGACAGGGGACGUGUGCAUCUCCAUCUUGCACCCACCGGUUGAUGACCCUCAGAGUGGGGAGCUGCCCUCGGAGCGGUGGAACCCCACACAGAAUGUCAGGACCAUCCUGCUGAGUGUGAUAUCCCUGCUGAACGAGCCCAACACCUUCUCACCCGCCAAUGUGGACGCUUCAGUGAUGUACAGGAAGUGGAAGGAGAGCAAGGGCAAGGACCGCGAGUACACAGACAUCAUCCGGAAGCAGGUCCUGGGGACCAAGGUGGACGCAGAGCGUGAUGGUGUGAAGGUACCCACCACGCUUGCCGAGUACUGCGUGAAGACCAAGGCGCCGGCGCCCGAGGAGGGCUCGGACCUCUUCUAUGAUGACUACUACGAGGACGGUGAGGUGGAGGAGGCCGAUAGCUGCUUCGGGGACGACGAGGAUGACUCUGGCGCCGAGGAGUCCUGACACAGCAACCCCCGCCAAAAUAAACUUACAAAUUUUACCUCA